UAUAAAUAUUCCAUAACGACAUUAGCUAUCUCUCCUUCGCACAAGAACAAGAUGGGCCCGAGUCUUUUGGACGCACUCAAUGUCAGAGUAGUCGGCUCCGGCAAGAAAUUCAUGGUUCUCGCCCACGGAUUGGGCACCGAUCAGUCUGUGUGGAGUCGCAUUCUCCCUUACUUCCGUACUCACUACAGAGUCAUCCUCUACGACCUUGCCUUCGCCGGCAGCGUCAACCCUGAUUACUUCGAUUUCAAUCGCUACAACUCUCUAGACGCUUAUGUCGACGACCUUCUUCAAAUCCUUGACUCUCUCGGCGUCGAUCGGUGCUUUUACGUCGGUCAUUCACUUUCGUCGAUGAUCGGAAUCCUUGCGGCGAUUCGUCGACCUGAGCUCUUCUCCAAGCUCAUCCUCAUCGGCGCUUCUCCAAGGUUCUUAAACGAUAAAGAUUACCACGGCGGAUUCGAAGCAGGCGAGGUGGAGAAGGUUUUCCUAGCAAUGGAGUCGAACUACGAGGCAUGGGUGAACGGAUUCGCUCCUUUAGCAGUCGGUGCCGAUGUACCGGCAGCUGUACGCGAAUUCAGCCGGACGUUGUUCAACAUGAGGCCGGACAUUUCACUCUUCGUUUCUCGGACGGUGUUCAACAGCGAUUUAAGAGGAGUACUUGGCCUAGUGAGGGUGCCGUGUUGCAUAAUUCAAACGGCAAAAGACGUAUCUGUACCGACUUCGGUGGCGACGUACUUAAAGGAACACCUUGGAGGGCGGAACACGGUGGAGAUGAUGAACGUGGAAGGCCAUUUGCCUCAUCUGAGCGCUCCGGCCUUGUUGGCCCAUCAUCUGAGUAGAGCACUUUCUAGAUCAUAAUUUUUUUUAUCGAUGUUCUUUGUGGGCCUUCAUGGGCCUAACUGAAUGACUAUCUAUAGUUUUAUCCACUUUUUAAGUUUAAGAAUAUUGGGGGAAUAUGGCUAAAGAUGGUGACACCUGGCGAAUAAUUUGUGGACAAUGGGGAAAAGGAUAAGAAAUGAUCUUCACUGCUGACGUGUUCAUCUAAUUUUUAUUUUGUUUUUCCUUUUCUCAUGUGUCCGUACGAAAAUCCAAUAUUUGAAUUUACGUUCAAAUUUAUAAAUAGUUUAUUUCGGUU